CUUUAUGAGAAAGCUAAAAUGAAGAUUUCAAGAUUCUUUCUACCUUUUCUGCUUAAGGUUGCCAUCAUCACCACCUUUUACACAACAUCACUUUCUGCCCAGAAUUCCAGUGCUGUAAAGGUAGAUGUUGGUGUGAUUCUUGAUUUGAAGACCGAGUCUGGGAAGAUGAGGCAGACCUGUAUUUCACUAGCUCUUGCUGAUUUCUAUGCCACUCGCGAUCACAGAGCCCGGAUUUCCCCCCACUUCAGAGACUCAAAUAAUGAUGAUGUUGAUGCAGCAUCUGCAGCUAUAGGCCUGUUGAAAAAUGAUAAGGUUCAAGCAAUCUUGGGGCCUCAGAUGUCAACACAGGCAGAUUUCGUGAUAGAUAUUGGGAAGAAAGUGAAAGUUCCCAUACUAUCUCCAGCAACAAGUCCUGCACUUUCACCCAACCAAAGUUCAUACUUCAUCAGAGUGGGCCAGAGUUCGCGCGCUCAGGUUAAAGCCAUUGCUGCCAUUGUUAAGGCUUUUGGGUGGAGGCAGGUGGUGUUUAUAUAUGAGAAUAGUAAUUUUGGGAGUGGGGUUCUUCCCCAUUUGACAGAUGCUAUGGUGGAAGUUGGUGUUUCUGUACCAUACAGAAGUAUUCUCCAGCCUUCAGCUGAAGAUGAUGAAAUCAUCACAGAACUCUACAAGUUAAUGACAAUGCAGACUAGGGUGUUUGUUGUGCACUUGCUGCCAACAAUUGGUUCUCGCCUUUUUCAGAAGGCGAAAGAUGCUGGGAUGAUGAGCCAGGGAUAUGUGUGGAUAAUCACGGAUGCUUUCACGAAUGUUUUAGAUUCUAUGGACCCUACGACACUUGAUAAUAUGGAGGGAGUGAUAGGUGUAAAGCCUUAUGUGAAAUCAUCAAUUCAGCUGAAAAACUUCACUAGGAGAUGGAGAAAGAAGUUUUAUCAAGAGAAUCCAGACGCGGAGACAGCAGAACUAGAUGUUUUCGGGUUGUGGGCAUAUGACAGCAUCACAGCAUUAGCUAUGGCGUUCGAGAGAGUAGACACUGCCCAUCAAAAUUUCACGAGAGCGAUCAGUGGAGAGAAUUUGACAGACUUAGAUGCAAUUGGGACCUCAGAUUUGGGGCCUUCACUCAUUAAAUCAAUCAGAAACAUUAGACUCAGAGGGCUAAGUGGUGAUUUCCAUAUUGUUGAUGGAGAGUUGCAGCCAUCUGCAUUUCAGAUAGUGAAUGUGAAUGGCAGAGGGAAAGGGAUUGGAUUCUGGACAGAAGAGUAUGGGAUUUCCAAGAAACUGAAACCUACUGACAGAACUGUGAUCACAGCUAACAGGGAUGAUCUUGGGAUCAGCUGGCCAGGUGACUCUAAUGUUGUUCCUAAAGGCUGGGAAAUUCCAACAAAUGAGAAAAAGAAGUUGAGAAUUGGAGUUCCAUCUAAAGGGGGGCUUGAACAAUUUGUUAAAGUGACGGUGGAUCCUCAGACAAACAGAACAACUGCAACUGGUUUCUGCAUAGAUGUUUUUGAAGAAGUUAUUAGGAAUUUACCUUAUGCAGUUCCAUUUGAUUACAUACCUUUUAGUCUGCUCCCCACACAAAACCUUCCAGACUAUGAUGAUUUUGUUGACCAGAUAAAUCUCGGGAAUUUUGAUGCAGUAGUUGGUGAUGUAACCAUCCUAGCAGACAGGUCUGAAUACGUUGAAUUCUCGUUACCAUUUACAGAAUCUGGAGUUACCACCAUUGUCCCGGUGAAGCAAGAUAUGAGGAAGAGUGCCUGGAUUUUCUUGAGACCUCUGAAGACUGAACUUUGGGUGACAACUGGGGCUUUCUUCAUCUUCAUUGGCUUUGUGAUCUGGGUACUUGAACAUCGCGUAAACAAAGAGUUUCAAGGUCCUCGUCACAAGCAAGUUGGGAUGAUCUUCUGGUUCUCCUUCUCCACUCUAGUGUAUGCUCACAGGGAAAAGGUGAUAAGCAAUCUAUCAAGAUUUGUGAUCAUUGUCUGGGUGUUUGUAGUUCUGGUGCUGACAUCAAGCUAUACGGCCAGCUUAACGUCCAUGUUAACCGUGCAGCAGCUUCAACCAACCAUCACAAAUGUUGAAGAUCUCAUAAAGAACCAAGAACCUGUUGGAUACCAAGAUGGCUCCUUUGUCAAAGGCCUCUUAAAGAAGAUGAAAUUUGACAGCUCAAAGUUUCUGAAUUACAGCACAUUAGAACAGUAUGAUGAAGCCCUUACCAAAGGAAGCCAAAAUGGAGGUGUUGCUGCCAUUGUCGACGAGCUUCCCUACAUCAGGCUCUUCCUUGCAAAGUACUGCGGGAAAUACACCAUGAUUGGACCAACCUACAAGACAGCAGGGUUCGGAUUUGCAUUCCCAAAAGGAUCACCUCUGGUGCCCGACAUCUCAAGAGCAGUCUUAAGUGUGAUGGAAAGUGAAAGCAUGAUGAGAAUUACCGAUAAGUGGUUCAGGAACGAGACAGAUUGUUCACAGCAAGAUAGAACUCUCCUGGCAUCAGAUAGCUUACCACUUGAUAGUUUCAAGGGCAUUUUCCUCAUAGCUGGAGCAUCAGCAUCAUCUGCUCUUCUCAUCUUCUUUUUCAGAUUCCUUAAUCAGAACAAAGAGAUCUUGGAGUCUGAUGAUUCAACCACCUGGCAAAAAAUCUGUGCAUUAGCUACAGUCUUUUAUGAAGGGAAUGGGGACUCUCCAAAUGGAACUGAAAAGCCUGGAGAAGGAAAUGAAAGCGUGGCUUCCCCAAAUAAGAUGCCUGAUACUAGCCCGCCAUUUCCACAAACCAUCAUUGCCCAAUCUCCAGGAGUCUUCACUUGUGACGAAGGGUUCAUGUCAACAGAACCACCUAGUCCAGAUCAUGACACCAUUUUAGUAACAGAAAGUGCAGCUGCUGAAAGAUGAAGCAGACAACUGUAAGUUUAGGGAGACUGGUAUUAACCUGUAAAUAAUAUAGAUAGAUGCACAAGCGACUGUAAGCUGCAUUACAUAACUAGAACAAAGAGAUAUGAUGCAACCAACUUACACCAUUUUAUCAAUUGGUAAGUUGGUAACUUAACAUAGUUAAGGUCCUAUAAAUGUGUGUAUAUUAUCAAUUAUUUUUUUCAUUCCAUAAGCUAAAUGGAAUAUGUGUUGUUUCCUAUGCUUUGACCAGGAAGCCCAUUUUGAAUUCUAAUGGGCAUUGCUGCUCUUAAAGGGCAUUAAAUGGGAAAAAAAAAUGUAAGGAGAAUAACAAAGAAUAGAAACUUGAUAUGAA